AAUAUAGUAUUGAAACAUUCAUUAAUAAAUUGAAGAGCUCUUUUUUUUUUUUUUUCAGGUCCAGUGCUAGAAGUGACCUACAUAAAAGUUGAACAAGAUACAUCGUUACAAAAUAAGACAAAAAAGAAGGUCUCUAAGACCGACAAGAUUGAUAAGGUCUCUAAAACUGACAAGAUUGAUAAGGUCUCUAAAACUGAAGUGAAAAGAAUGGCUACUUCCAAAGGUCAGGAAAGGUCAGAGGUGCAUGAGCUUUCACAUAAAAUGGACAACUGGUCUCAUCCAGAACUAAGAGAAGUCUGUUCAAACAGACCUGAAGAGAAUGAUGGUUGUUUUAGUAAUAUCAGUACUUGUUGUGGCAUCUUAAACUCAAGAGUUUGUAAAUCUACAUCUAGUUUUGUGGUAAAAGAUGGCUCAACUAAGGUUAAAGGAAAGGAAAAGGUAGGCAAAUGUGAUUGUUCCAAAAAACUUGAGUCAAAUCAAAAUACAGUAGUGAAAGAUGCAGUUGUGGCUGUCCCAGCAAAUCUGGAGUUAACAAAAAGAUCUGAAUCUGUCCGUAGCCAAUCAUUAGACAAAGUUUCAACCACUAACCCACCAAACCUGAAGUUAACACCAGGGAUCAGUGUAGAUAAAGUUGGUUGUUCAAAUAUAUCUGAAUCUGUACGUAGCCAAUCAUUAGACAAAGUUUCAACCACUAACCCAGCAAACCUGAAGUUAACACCAGAGAUCAGUGUAGAUAAUGUUGGUUGUUCAAAAGAAUUUGAUUUGAGGUUAAAAAAGUGUACAGAAAAUAAAUUUAAUGAUGAACAAAACCAUUCUAAUAUACAAGAAUUCAAAGAUGUUUCUGAGUGUAUGAAUAAUACAAAACAACAUAGAGGAUUGGGUAUGAAUACACGUUCUGUUUGUAGUGAACCAGUACCAUCACAGUCUGACAUAGUCAAAGAUGUACGUCUUUUAAAUUUGCCAUCUCUACCAGCCAAGACAGAUAAAAUAAGACCCAGUAAGAACCAGAAUAGAGAACAAUAUGAAUAUGAUUCAUCAACAUCUUUCGAUCAUACAAGCUUUAGCUGUUCUAAAGAGAUUAAUAAUGGAAAUAUUGCAACAGUCUCUUUUCUUACAGGUGAUGCUUCCCCAGAGCUCAAAAACACAGUUUUGAGUGCGGGUAAUAUGUUCAUGAACGAAAGCUUUGUGGCCUCGUUUUCAUCAUUAAGAAGUGAAACACCAAGUAACAUCAAAGGAGCUGAACCAGGUGAUGCUCCCAGUCUCCAGUCUCUCAAGCAAAAGUUUGAAACAUCAGGUGGUGUAGACUUGACUUCUGUUGGUGGAACUGUGCGAGAUUCUCAUGGGUCUUUUGUAAGUCUGACUCUUGACAUUCAUCUAUUUAACAUAUUCAUGUUUUCAGAU